AUGAUCUCCGUAUGUGCAGGGCUCGUAACGCUUGAUGAAGAAAGCCAAAUCAUCCGUUUGGCGUAUGACACGACAACACAAUAUUUCGAAUAUGCAUUGAAGAGAGUGUGGUUGUCAAACGCAGAAAGUGCGAUUGCUAGAAUCUGCAUGACAUACAUUUCAUUCGACACUCUCGAGAAUCCAUCUCGCGAAGGCAAUAUUGUGUCAAGUUUUCCAUUUCUGCAAUAUGCCGUCGAUUACACGUUGACACAUAUGUUUCAGGUGGUAAAGUCGUCAAAACGAGCGCAUACUCUUUUUCGAAUUAACAAUUGGUUUCUCUCGCGCUUGAGCAAACUUACAGAUUGGGUCUAUCAUGAUAAUAAUGAUGAUGGCGACGAUUUAAAGAUGAUCCGGGGGCAGGGGGGCUAUGGCAGUCCUUUCCACGCAGCCUAUGCUCAAAGAGACUCAUACAUCGAGUAG